AAAAGUCAAAAUCAAUAGAAUGAACAGAGGGCAAAAUUGGAACAAUAAAAGAAGGGUCAAGAUUGAAUAAGCGAUAGAAUUAAUACGUGGUGAAACAUCAUCAACACUACCAUCUCCACCACCAAAGAGAAAAGAAAAGUAGAAAGACUCUUCUGGAGAAGACACAGUCACAGAAGAUCGAACAAGGAAAAAGUUUAAGAAAUUCUUCUCUUCAUUUUCACUCUCUUCUGUAAUCGAAUCAACAAAUGGCGUAUUGAAGAGUGAAUCUUUCAGCAAAAAUGAAGUAUCAUCACAGAAAUACACUUUUCAAUGUCAUAUACUAUAAUGGAGAAUAGUGUAAAGGCUGAAGUAUUUUCGGUUGCUUGCUUCUUGUUGUUUUUACUCAAAGUAUUUGUUCCUACUUGUUCGUCAGUUCAUCCUCUAGAAUCUUCUUCAUCGUGCUUUUAUAUAACCUAGUUGAUUAUUUUUGGAGGUUUUUAGUUGAUUGAAGUGAAAAGUAAUUAAUUUGGCUGAGAUCCAACAAAAACGGAGAACAUUGGAAUAGAUAUGGAGUGAAAAACCGUUAAUUAAGCAGGUACUGGAAGAUCUAUGAAGUUUUGAAGGGUAGUUGGAUUGCAUACGGACGGACCAAGAAGACAGUUUCUAGGAUUGUAACGGAUCAUAGAGGAGUAUAUAGCACAACUCAGAAAUUCGAUAUGCCUGUAUCUGAGACUGAAAAGCAUGGAGUGUCUCAGCCGGGUUCUCGCUUUGGUGACAAGGUAGAGUAUGUUCCUAUCAAAAAGAGAAGGUUUUUAUUAAGGUCUCCGUCACCACCACCAGUUAAAGCUUCUCCAUGUGUUGAGGAGACUGAAAAUCAGACGAAAGUUCAAGAUGUUUCAAGUAAACUUGUAUCUUCUAAUGUAGUUUUGAGUCAGAUAGUUGGCGACAAUGGUAGUCGUGAUGCUAAGAAAUCUGAUGAAUCCAAUGUAAGAUUUGGUGAAGAGGAAGACUUCUCUGGUAUAUCAAUACUUGCCGCUGCAGCCUGCAGUAGCAGUUUGGGAAGAGAUUGCGGCUAUGCAGAGGAUGGUUUAGGCAUUGAGGAGUCUUCAGUGCUGGAGCAAGCUCGUGAAGGCUUUGCUAAUACUGAAUCACGCUCAUCAUUUAAGGGUCUGUCAAAGGAAGAUAUUCCGAAUUCUUCUGAAAUGUCAAGUGGAGCAACUUCAUCCUGUAUAUCCACAGAACCAAUUGGAGAGCUGGCAUCUAUUUCAACAACGGGAAAUUCUUCUCAGAAAGCUGUAACAUUCGGAAAAGCCUUCCUGGGGGUUGAUUCUUUAACCCUCUCUAAUGACAUUUCAUGCAGCAAAGAUGAAGAAAUAUCGAGGAACCAAAGGCCGCCUUCCCGAGACAAGAGGUUGCAUUGGGACUUGAAUGUUAUGAUGGAUGCUUGGGAUCAGCCUUUCGACGAUCCACUUGCACAAAAUGAAGUUGCAUGUAGCAUUUCUGAGGAUUCAGGUAAGCUUAACCAUGAUUACAACAAGGAAUCUGGAGUCUAUGAUUUGCAAGAUAAUCUGGAAACUGCUUCAAGAAGCUGUGUGCUGCCUGAUGAACCAAGAGCAGUGCCCAAUCAGAGCAAGGACAAUCACGGUGUUGAUGCGUGCCUCAAUCUCAAGCAUCCUCCUCUUCUAGAUUACAAGUGUUUGUCAUCCAACUCCAGUCUCAACUUUGGUGUCAUAAAGUGUAAGGUUGAAGAUACCAAACACAAACUCGAAGGUGAGGCUGCCCUUGACGAGGCUACUCAACGGUUGGGAUCUUCUAAAAUGGAUGAGGAUGGGGCUGCUUGUCUGAGUCUAAACUUGAAUGAGGAGCGUACCAAUCAUCAGUCGGUGAUGGAAAAUGUUGGUGUCUCUUGUUGUGACUUAAAUAAUCUGGGGAAAGCAGGCACUUCUGAGGCUACCUUUGGCGCUGUUUCAGCUGAUACUCAAAUUGGAUUGUAUGUAUCAUCUAGCUCAGAUGCAAAUCCAAAUGUUUCUAUUUCAAAGGAUUUGGAGACACAUGACAUUUUACACCAUGAAGUGAAUAGUCUUACGGAGAAUGCUGACUCAAAAACAGUAGAUCUGCAACAUGUUGCAGAAUUUUCUAUAUCUGAUGAUAAUGGUCUUCCUUUCUUUGACACUUCUAAUUCUGCGCAUGAAAGAUUUUUCAAGAUAGGAAUUAAUGCAGCUGGUGAGCUCCAGGAGGAUUAUGAUUCACAGUAUGAAGACGGGGAGCUCAGGGAGUCAAGUGGACGUGCUUGGGAAGAAUUUGAUAGAGAAGCUGAAAAUGUAGACUAUUUUUCAGACAGAGAAACAUACGAUGUCAGUCCAUGUAAUUCUGAACAAGUUGAUAAUAGAAAAAGUGCGACCCGGGAAGUUGCUGGUGCUAUGUCUUCUCGUGAUUGUAACAUGAACAAUGAGGAUUACAGGAAAGCUUCUGAAACAGUUGGAGUUGGAAGGGGACAUGAUGAAGGUAACAAAUUGAAUUUGAGUCAUGCUGUAGAGAAAGUAGAACUAUCUCAGGGUAAAGAGUUGCUUGAAAGCAAUAAGACCUUUUCAGAUGUGGUUACUCGACUGGAUGACAAUGGAGGAAAGGAUAAAAGGCUUAGUCAAAUUGAUGUAUCACUAGAUUCCAAAGUUACUGACACAAGAGUGGAACCAAGGGCAUUUGGAAGGGGCUUACAGUCACAAAUUGAGAGAUCGGUUGGACGUGAGGACACAUAUAGGGAGGAGCAAUUCAGGAAAACACAAAACAGAUUUGAGUCUGGCUCCUUGAGAUCUUUUGAUAGGGUGCGAUACUCCUAUAACAAUCAACUUAGAGGCCGACAAGGUGAUAUUUGGGAUGGUUCAUCAGGCAGCCGUAGAGGUUUUAGGCGUCAUUACUCGCCUAUUGUCCGUGGACGCCCUAAACUCAAUGAUGAUACAAUUGAGGAGCGAGAUGACCUUGGAUGUGCUGAUGCUCAAAAUGAUACAUCAUAUUCUUUGCAAAUUCUUCCAAGAACUCGAGUUGGCCCUGAAGAAGAGCCUUGUGCUGGGUUUAAUUCCCGUUAUAAAGCUGAAAGGAAGUUUAGCCCUGAUAGAGGUUGUGGUUUUGGCCGAGGAAGGCCUUUCAGGUAUGGUCCUUUUGGUGAGAACAGAGGAGGCAGGGGAAGAUACAGGCCUUCUCCUGACGAAACAUUCCAGUCAUCCUUAAAAUAUCGGCGUCCAUUGUCCCGUAGAGAGAAGAGUCUUUCUCCUUUUACAGGCAGAGGGCAGUCAAAUUUACAUCUUUCCCGCAGGAAGUCUCCAUCUUGUUCAAGAAGUCGCUCUCCUAUUGUUUGGAAUUCUCCAAGGAGAAGACUGGGGGCUGGUAGUGGUACUUUUCUUAGACAACGAAGUAGAUCUCCAAAUUUCAGGUCUGAGGCUAGAUUGCAAAGACACAGGUCACCUCAUCAAGAACCUGGUUUUGGGGUUGAUAAUGCAGGGGGGUUUAGGUCAAUUUCAAGAAACCAUGGUUCUCCUCCACGUAACCGAUGGAGUGCUGUUAGGAAGGAUGAGCUUGGUCAAUUUAGGGAGGUAGGUUACCGGCAACGUACCUCUGCUCUUGAGAAAUCACCAGGAAGAAUUCGCUUGAGGGGUGACAGAGCCAGUGCCUUAGAUUCCCCUCGGAAUCUGAAGCCUGAUGGGUUUUAUAGAAUAUCUGAUGAUGCUGGGAGAGGAGUUAGAUAUGAGGGAAAUAAUGAAGAAAGAAGGAAACCAUAUUUCUUUCGUCCAGCAAGACGCAAUUAUGAUGGAAUGGCAAGUAGAUUGCACCAGCAUAAUAAUGAUAGUUUAUCCAUGGAAAAUAGUUUUCGGGAUAGAGAUGCUUCAAGUUUUCAGGACAGAGGGCCGAGGAGUAUGGAAAACCGCGUUGAUGAUCUACCUAGGAGUUUUAGAGGGGUGAAUCGGUCCUUUGUUUAUGAAAGGGAUGGAAAUUCAAAUCAUAUUUCAAAGCAAUUUGGUAAUCAGUCUUUCGUUUAUGAAAGAGAUGGAAAAACAAAUCAUAAUUCAUCCCAUAACCUGAAGUCGGAGGAGCAAUAUCGACCUAGUUAUAUUGGUACAUAUUCUGACAAUGGUGGAGCCAAUAGAGGGUGUCGAUAUGAGCACUAUGAAAACAGACGAAAACAAUACAGUCCAACUAAUUUCAUGAGGCGCAAUGAUAACGAGGACACAGAUAAAGGGUCGAAUGUCGAUGAAAGUGUUGAUGACACUCAAGAGUUUUGUGGUAGGGUUACUAGGGGAUUUGAUGGACAGAUAGGUAGUGCAAGGUUCAGGGAAGACAAAGAGCCAGUUCUGUGUGAACAAGAGGAGAAACUAGAUGACAAUAGUCUGCCGGUUGGUGUACCGAAUUCUGGUGGCAACAGUGCAGUAAAUGUAAUCACUUCACAACCUUGACCCGUGGAUUCUUUCUGGUUUUGGUAUCUGAUGACCAUUAGAUAUUAUUUUUUCUCUCCUUAAUGUUUUCUUAACAGGAUAGUGUAUGAUGCCUGCAAAUUUUUGUGAGGGUGCUUCUUAUUAGUGUAGAUUGCCCCUCGACAAAAAUUUUGGUAGUUUUGGAAAAUUUUAAAUUCAUAUACCUUUUCUUUCAUUGAAUAUGAUCUAUAUCCUGGCAUUUUCAGCACAUGUAACUCUCGACAUGAUUACUGUAGGGAUGAAUGAAUGAGAUAUUAUGGG